UUUUCUUUUCAACGCGCAUGCGCUAUCGCUUUUCUUUGGGUCCUGUCUUAUUGUGGCUCACGGUUUAGAAGCUAGCUGGCUGCCAUGUCUGAGAAGAAACAAACGGUAGAUUUGGGUUUGUUGGAGGAAGACGAUGAAUUUGAGGAAUUUCCAGCCGAAGAUUGGACAGGCUUGGACGAAGACGAGGACGCUCACGUGUGGGAAGAUAACUGGGACGAUGAUAACGUAGAAGAUGACUUCUCCAACCAGCUGAGAGCUGAACUUGAGAAGCACGGCUACAAGAUGGAGACGUCAUAAUGUUGACCGCUACGUAUCACGCUGUCGAGUGGUUAAUCCCAGAUGAACAUUGUACUUAUUUCAUGUGUAAGAAUUCAAAUGUGAGGAGUGUUAUUAGUGUGAGGAAAAUGGAUUAGAUUUUUUUUUUUUUAGUAUGUGUUCACCAAAAGACUGUUUGUAUGUGUUAAUAGUUGCUAUAAUAAAGCUAUUCUCUUCUUA